UAAAGUGACAAGUGCUAAGAAAAAAAAAAAAAAAAAGAAAAAAAAAAUUUAGAAAAAAAGAAUUUGAAAUACUUCAAUACUUUCAAUACUUUUACUCGCGUGCGGGUCUCACAGUAAUGUCGGUCUUCGACAAUCCCGACCAGCUGCGUCAGCUGCAGAACCUUCUGAAUCCCCGGCAGACUCGUGCCGGCAUCGACUGCAGCAGCAGCGAGGAUGAGGAAGAGUCCUUGGUGGUCCACAAGCUAACACCUGGCAGCAUUGGUCCUCAGGCGCCAACGGCAGCAGGAUCGUCCGCGCAGGCCAAGGCCAAGAAAAAGAAAAAGCCCAAUCCAUUGGCCACUCCCCUGGUGGAGGAGCAAAAGAAGCAGCCCGAUACCCUCGAGGAGUGGCAAGAGCAGCAGGAACGUGAGGACACUGAUAUUCUGGAGACGAGAAGGUGUCCAGAAUACACCAUGACUUACAGCCAGGCCGUGGGCACUGAAGAUGUCUUCCUGCAGAUGGGCAAUCGCACCGGCUCGUCCGCCAGCUGCGAAGACCUUAUUCUGGACAUUCAUCUGCCCGAUGAGGAGACGACAGUCGACAAGAUCAAGCUGACUCUGCAGGAAACGGAUCUGGAUCUGGCCACCGCCCUCUAUCGGCUCCACCUGCCUCUGCCCCAUCCUGUGGACGUGGAUCGAUGCCAGGCCAAGUACAGCACGGAGCUUCGGAAGCUGCGCCUGACGCUUCGCUUGCGUCGGGAGCUCGAUUAUGUCAACUUUUAGACAUAGAACACAGUACACACGAUACACAACACAACACAUGACACACGCUACAUGUUACCCGCUACAUGUUACCCGCUACAUGUUACCCGCUACAUGUUACCCGCUACAUGUUACCCGCUACAUGUUACCCGCUACAUGUUACCCGCUACCCGCUAUCCGCUACACGCUAUCCGCUACACGCUACACGCUACACGAUACACGCUACACGAUAUAUGUACGUUGCUCGAUUAACAACGACAGAAAUUCCAUUUCAAUCAACAUUUUCUACACUGCCACAUGUUGUCUCUUUUCUGCCCCUUCUGCACCCCUCUGCUGUUGGUACACAACUUCGAAUACAAUCGCAGCACUCUAUCACCCGGCAGCGACGAUUCCUUUUCAAACGCGACCUUUGAAUUAAUUUAACCUUUCGCAACCCAACCAGAUCGAACAAAAUUUGAUGUGCUCGUUGAGCAAACGUGAAAGCCAAAAUUAAAAUUGUGAAAUAAAAAUUACUAAAA